GUACGACCCGCUGUCUAUUUGGAACCACGUACGAGCAGUCUGGAAUCCAAGCCGGAUCUUAGCGCAAUUGCAGAAACUCGGCUGAUUUGGGUAAAUUUCCAGUGACUAUAUCCGCAAUUCUCGGGUCAUUUCGGACUCUUCGCUGCCCAGGCAAAACUCCUCGUCGAACCUAUUAUCCAGUGUUCACAGCGGCAUUAUCAGCGAAAUUCGUGCCUAAACCACUCAGGUUUGUCAUCGUGCUCCCCGAUAUUCUCCGUCCAGCCUGUGGGGAUUCGUUCCGAAUAUGGCAACUAACUGCUAUCCCUGCCAGUUGCAGUCACGAUGAAUCCCGCAUCGCAGGUCGCUUCAACAGCUACUAAUAUACCCCUUGGCCGCCCGGUUUCUCCUGGUCCUUUGCAUUCAGAUUUCAUCCGACAACAAGUCGCGAAGCAACAGAAAAACAACUACCACUCUUCGUCUCUCAAAAUGAUUACUCAAUCCGUUAACAGAACUGCCCUCCACCCUGGUGGUGUUCAACCAGGUAAAGGCGCCACAGAACUUGAGGAAGAGCUUCACGAGACCGCCCACAUUGACUACGAGCGUGUCGCUAUUGUUGCCAACCCCUCUGUUGCCGCUCUCUAUGAAGAUGCUCUCGUCUACGAAACCGGUACUGCUAUCACAUCCUCCGGUGCUUUAACCGCCUACUCUGGUGCCAAAACUGGACGCUCCCCCUCCGACAAGCGUGUUGUGAAGGAGCCGACUUCAGAAAAGGAUGUGUGGUGGGGACCAGUCAAUAAGCCUAUGAGCCCUGAGGUCUGGCGAAUCAACCGUGAGCGAGCUGUCGACUACCUCAACACAAGAAAUCGCAUUUACGUCGUUGAUGGCUUUGCCGGCUGGGAUGAGCGCUACCGCAUCAAUGUCCGUGUGGUCUGCGCCCGUGCCUACCAUGCCUUGUUCAUGCGUAACAUGUUGAUCCGCCCUACUCCCAAGGAGCUCGAGCACUUCCAUCCCGACUAUGUUAUCUAUAAUGCCGGUUCUUUCCCGGCUAACCGCUUCACAGAGGGUAUGACCUCGGCUACAUCGGUUGCCAUUAACUUUGCCGAAAAGGAGAUGGUCAUUUUGGGUACCGAAUAUGCCGGUGAAAUGAAGAAGGGUGUCUUCACUGUUCUCUUUUAUGAGAUGCCUGUUAAGCACAAUGUCUUGACUCUCCACUCUUCUGCCAACCAGGGUCAGAACGGCGAUGUCACUGUUUUCUUCGGUCUUUCGGGCACUGGCAAGACCACUCUUUCCGCUGACCCCAAGCGUGCGCUCAUCGGUGAUGACGAACACUGCUGGACCGACACUGGUGUUUUCAACAUUGAGGGUGGCUGCUACGCCAAGUGCAUUGGUCUCUCAGCCGAGAAGGAACCCGAUAUUUUCAACGCUAUCAAGUUCGGCUCCAUUCUUGAGAAUGUUGUCUUCGACCCCGCUACCCGUGUCGUCGACUACGAUAACGCUACAUUGACCGAGAACACUCGAUGCGCCUACCCAAUUGAGUAUAUUGACAACGCUAAGAUUCCUUGCAUCUCUGACAACCACCCCACCAACAUCAUCUUGUUGACUUGCGAUGCUCGUGGUGUUCUCCCACCCAUCUCUAAGCUCACCACCGCACAAACCAUGUUCCACUUCAUUUCCGGUUACACCUCCAAGAUGGCCGGAACCGAGGACGGUGUCACUGAGCCCCAAGCCACCUUCUCCUCUUGCUUCGCCCAGCCUUUCCUUGCUCUCCACCCCAUGCGCUACGCCCAGAUGCUCGCAGACAAGAUCUCCGAGCACAAGGCUAAUGCCUGGUUGCUCAACACUGGCUGGGUUGGCGCUGGCGCUACCACCGGCGGUAAGCGUUGCCCAUUGAAGUAUACUCGUGCCAUCUUGGACGCCAUUCACAACGGUCAACUUGCCAACGCCGAGUACGAAGUCUACCCUAUCUUCAACCUCAAUGUUCCCAAGUCCUGCCCUGGUGUGCCUGACGAGCUUCUCAAUCCCAAGAAGAGCUGGACUGCCUCGACUGAUUUCACCGAGGAGGUCACCAAGCUCGGCAAGCUCUUCAACGAGAACUUCCAAAAGUAUGCCGACCAAGCUACUAAGGAAGUUAUCGCUGCCGGUCCUGUCGUCGCAUAAGCCGCCGGCGUAUAAAAUAAAAUAAGAAGAUUGCUUUGAC